CGCUUCUCUUUUACUGAAUCAUCAAUUUCCAGGAAGAAGCAUCUGCUCAGUCUGGAUACUCAAAAUGAUGAAACUGAAUGCUUUCCUUCUACUCCUCCUCCUAGGAAUAAGCUCGGUUUCCACUUAUCAAAAUGUGGCCCUGCGUGGUAAAGCAACUCAAUCAACCCGUUUAACUGAUAACCCCGUGUCAGCUGCCCACAACGCGAUUGAUGGAAAUCGUAAUUCUGAAUUUUCGGUUGGGUCUUGCACACACACUAACGAACAGACGAACCCCUGGUGGAGAGUGGACCUGCUUCAGUCCUACAUAAUCACGUCUGUCACCAUCUUCAACAGAGGAGACUGCUGUCAGCACAGACUCAGUGGGCUGGAGAUCCACAUAGGCAACUCUUUGAACAAUGAAGGUUUAGAAAACCCAAAGGUUGGUACAAUUUCUGAAGGUCGUACAGGUGAAUCCAAAUUGACUUUCACUAAUCGGGUGGAGGGACGUUAUGUAACAUUGACCCUGCCUGGUUCAGGUAGGAUCCUCACACUCUGCGAAGUUGAAGUCUAUGGAUACCCUGCUCCAACCGAUGAGAAUCUUGCACUCCAAGGAAAAGCCACACAGUCGUCAAGAUAUUCAUUUGGCAUUGCAUAUAAUGCCAUAGAUGGAAAUCGUAACAGCAAAUGGGAAGAGGCCUCCUGCACUCUCACAAAAAAAUCAAUGAGUCCGUGGUGGCGGCUUGAUUUGCUCAAAACACAUAAAGUGUUUUCUGUUAGUAUUGUAAAUCAAGAUUCUCAACCAGAACGUCUCGAUGGAGCUGAAAUCCGCAUUGGAGAAUCUCUUGAAAACGAUGGCAACAAUAAUCCCAGGUGUGCCGUGAUCACAGGUAUUGCAGGAGGUGCUGUUGCUGUUUUCAAGUGCAAUGGGACAGAGGGCCGUUACAUUAAUAUCGUCAUUCCUAAGAGAAAUGAGUUCCUAAGUCUGUGUGAGGUCGAAGUGUAUGGCUCGAGACUAGAUUAAUGCUAAAGCAGCUAAAUUUCUCUCUUAAACAAACAAAACAAAUCACAGCUUUAAUAUAAUCAUGAAAAACAAUUGCAUCUAAUUAAAAAAGCCAUAAUUUGAACUGCUUUGUUAUCCACGAUACAGUAUAAGUGUUCAGUGAUUGUAACAUUUUACCAAAGAGUCCUGCAAACACAUCAGCUUUAAUAGUACUACUUAGCACAUAUACACAGAUAACACUGUAUAUUAAAAAAUGUUCCCAUUACUCUUUAGUUAAAACAGCACUUUGUGACAACAAUGAAAAACAAACAUCAGCCUGCUUAUGAUGCAUUUAUUGUCACAUGUCGCAAUAAUAAUGUCACAAUGUAUGUAUUUGUUAAGAAUGUCUUUACUGACCUUGUGAACGGUGGAAACUUCACUGAAAUGAAUCAUGUUUUUUUCUGUCAGAGAAAAGGAGAACUGAUGAAAGAACGUCUCAGUUCUGACUGAACUGUAGAAUUUACAGUCAUCUGAAAAAAAAAAGUAUAAGAAAAAUGACUUUCCAAUUUUUCUUGACAACUAAACAUUUGAUCCCGUCUUUUAAUAAAUUUGGUAUGAAUAAACAAUA